CACCCGCACAGCGACGGCCCGCGCCGCCGGUCGCGCUCUUCGUCCGUCCGUCCGUCCGUCUGUCCGUUUGUUUGUUUCGCUAAUGUGUGUUAUGUGAUAGUGCUCCCGUGGGGGAUGUGGCCAACAUCGCAACAUGUUGGCAGUACGCCAUGCCAAGUACCUGGGUUCAUUCCCGGCGGCGGGCGGCGAGCACGCGGCGCGAGUCGACACGGUCACACGGAGGCUGCAUCUAAUGAAGCAGGAAAGCGGACACGCAGUGCCGGUAUUAGUGGUGGUCGCGCUCUCCGGGGUCAAGGUAUGCGACCCCGAAGACCAGAGCGUGCGCAUGUCGCAUGCGCUGCGGCGCAUCUCGUACGCGACGUGUGAGGCGGCGCGCGCGCUGUUCGCGUUCGUGGCGCGCGAGCCGCGCUCCGAGCCCGCGCACCAGUACUGCCACGCGUUCGAGACCGACUCGCCCGACCAGGCGGAGGAGUUAAACGCGUUGGUAGGAGAUGCGUUCCGCAUGGCGUUCGCCUCGCAACUGCAGCCCUCCGCUCCGCUAUGGAGUAAGGAGCUAAGCGGGGGAUCGUGCGCUCGCGCUCCCGACUCGCUGCCCGGUCUCAAUCACCACUAUCCUCAUUGUUUAGACAGAUCGGGCACGCAAUGCGACAUAGCGCACUCGAAGCUGGAGGGCUCCGCGAGCUCGGCGAGCGAGGCGAGCGAGGCCAGCCCCAGCUCGUCGGAGGACUGGAACUCGCCCGCCGAGCUCAGCUGCUACCGCCGCCUGGGCGAUCGGCUCGAGCGUUUCGAGCGCGUAGAGCGCGAGCGGCCGCCGCUGAUGAAGCGGCUGGCGCUGGGGCUGAGCGGCGCGCUGCUGCAGCCCUCCGAUGACGACGCUACGCCACUCGUCGCCGACACGCCCUCCACGCCCACGAACGCGCCGCUGUGUAUGAACGGCGGGUACAUCAACGAAGCGAGCGAGCGCGCGCGCGCCGCGCCGCCGCCCGCCGAGCGCGACACCAGGCACAAGCACCUCGCUAACGGUCGUCCAUCCGGCGGCAGUGUAGCGGCAUCAUCGUCUUCAGGGGAAUCCUCGUGCGGCGCGUCGCGGGACUCGCGAGACUCGCGGGACUCACGGGACUCGCGCGACUCGGGCAACAACAACUUGCGGCCGCUCGAGCCAGAGCUCAAGAAUGCGCCGUGGUUCCAGCAGGGUAUACCUAGAGAGAUCGCGCUGGAAGUGCUAUCGGCGGCGGCGCCGGGCGCGUUCCUGGUGCGCGGCAGCACCACGCAGGCGGGCUGCCUGGCGCUGUCGCUGCGUGUGCCGACGCACUUCGCGCCCUCCGGCAUCGCGCACUACCUCAUCCUCGCCACCGCCAAGGGGUACAAGAUCAAGGGUUUCACAAAGGAGUUCAGCUCGCUGAGCGCGCUGGUGACGCACCACAGUGUGAUGCCGGAGCUGCUGCCGGUGGCGCUGCGGCUGCCGCGCGCGCCCGCCCGCCCGCGCGCCGACCUCGAGCCGCUCGACGCGCUCGCCGCGCUCGUGCGCCGCGACCCGCCGCACGCGCCGCACCCGCCGCACCCGCCGCACCCGCCGCACCCGCCGCACCCGCCGCACCCGCCGCAUCCGCAGCACGCGCCGCACCCGCCGCACUCCGCGCACCCGCCCCACCAGCCGCGCACCACGGCGUGAUGCCCCGCGCGUACACCCGACCCAAGACCCGCCGCGUAACUGUGCUAGUAUAAAACUCAGUUACGCACCGACCCAGACAUACACAACCGUAAGUUGCAGGGAGACGAUGCAUUUGGAGAUGUGAAGUCAGUAUCAUGAAACGAAGUAUUAAAUAUAUUUAUGUUCAUAAUAUUCCUUAGUACAACCUUAGCACACACACAAGUCAAAAAAGAGAAAAGUCGCAUAAGAGGCUUAUACCAAAACAUUUGAAAGACCGCUAUAAGAGGACAUGAAGGCUUCAUUAAAAUAUACACCGGUCGGGAAUGGUUACUGAUACAAAACAUAAAAAUAAAUAAAGGUUUUUUGCUUUAUUUAGUUUCUUUUUUUUCACAUAUGGAGUAAAUGAAAAUGAAACUGUCAUACAAGUCAAAUUGUGUCGUGAUCGAACAAAUUUUUUUAGUUUAUAAUUAAGUCCUUCAUUAAAUCACAUAAUAUAUAGUAAAUUUUUUGAAUUGGUAUAUAACGUCUGUACGGGCGAGGCUACAAUUUUAAUAAAGUGUCACCGAAAUCGUAUUAUUCUCUCGUGAGUUUUUCAUCGAAAAGUGACAGUGUCGUCAGAAAAUCAUGUGAAACAUCAAUUACCAUGUGGUUUAUGUACAAUUACAGAAUUCCUAAGAGGAAUCAUAAUUAUGUAAUACUAGGACUGACUGUAAUAUCAACGUUACAAAUACUCGAUUGUAAUCGUGAUUGCAGAGUGCAUUACUCAUUGUUACUUGAGUUAUAAAUUAUAAAUGAAUAAAAUAAAUUAGGCGAAAUAAAAAAAAGCGUUAUAAGUCAUCGUUGGGAAGUCAUUAAAUUAUUGAACGUUGUUUACUGGUCGCUAAGAUAGGUUUUAAAUAAUGUGAUAAUUAUAUAGUGUGUAUUAUAUAUAUGUAAAAUGUAUAUGAUUGUAAUUAUAGCAUUUAUAGUAAUUUUGUGUCAUAUUUUUUUACGUAGGGAAUGCAAAGCGAUUACGUUAUGGAGGUCGAAUAGUGUCACUUCAUAUGGAAAAUGUGAAAUUAAUUAAUUUUUUAUUUUA